AUGCUGAAUUUUAUUCUUUUGCAGAAUAGGCAGGGGAAGACACGGUUUUCAAAAUGGUACAUCAACUGCAACGAAGCCAAGCAGAAGAAGAUCGAGAGGGACAUCAACAAAAUUCUAAUCAACAGGAGUAGGUCCUACUCGAACAUCUUCGUCUACGAGAAUUUUAAAAUUGUAUACAGGCUAUACGCAGGCCUCUACUUCGUCGUGUGCAUCGAGAACGAAAACGAGUUGUACAUCCUGGAGUUCAUCCACUUCAUGGCGCAGCUGCUGGAUACCUUCUUCACCAACGUGUGCGAGCUGGACCUCCUUUUCAACUUUCACUUUUUGUACUACUUUUUCGAUAAUAUAAUCCUGGGGGGAUACAUCUACGAGGUUAACAAAAAUAUUAUUCUCGACAAAAUAAGUAAAAUAAAAAAAGUCAUUUGA